AGGGAAUACAAAUCCACUGACUGGGUGUGAGAAGCCACCACAGCGUGGACUAGAAGCCGCUUCUCAAGAAGACUCUGCCUAAUCAAAAAUUUGUAUUUUUUUUUUUUAACUGAGAAGCUGUUUGUCUGCCAUCUUUUAAUUUCUUCUUUAAAGUGACACCAGUGAACUGAGAAUGAGACUAAACAUUGCCAUCUUCUUCGGGGCUCUCUUUGGUGCUCUGGGAGCUCUACUCUUUUUGGUGUCUUUUGGAUCCGAUUAUUGGCUUCUUGUGACUGAAGUGGGGAAGUGUUCAGGUGAACAGCAGAUAGAGAACAUCACUUUCCACCAUGAAGGAUUCUUCUGGAGAUGCUGGUUUAAUGGGAUUGUGGAAGACAAUCAUUCCAAUAUCUGGAAGUUCUGGUACACCAAUCAGCCACCAUCCAAGAACUGCACACAUGCUUACCUGUCGCCAUACCCCUUCCUGAGAGGCGAGCACAAUUCGACCUCCUAUGACUCUGCAGUUAUUUACCGCGGUUUCUGGGCAGUCCUGAUGCUCCUGGGGAUAGUUGCCGUGGUGACCGCCAGCUUUUUGAUCAUCUGUGCGGCCCCCUUCGCCAGCCAUUUUCUCUACAAAGCCGGGGGAGGAUCCUACAUUGCUUCAGGCAUCCUGUUUUCCUUGGUGGCAGUGCUGUAUAUCAUCUGGGUCCAGGCAGUGGCUGACAUGGAAAGCUACAGAAACAUGAAAAUGAAAGACUGCUUGGAAUUUACCCCUUCUGUUCUGUAUGGCUGGUCAUUUUUUCUGGCCCCAGCGGGGAUAUUUUUUUCUUUGCUAGCUGGAUUACUAUUUUUAGUUGUUGGACGGCACAUUCAGAUGCAUCACUAAUCAAACUCUUACCAUCAGUGUUUUCUUGAGAGAUUUUAAAACAGAGCAAUUAAAAAAAAAUUAUUUCAGUUAUCCCAGAAUAGAAUUAGUUGGUGUAACUUUUUGUUUGCUAUUUGAAUUAACCAUUUUACUCUGAUUUCUUCUAAUAAGAAGGCCCUAGAAUCUCUCCAGGCACCUACAUGUUUCCAGUCUUACCUAAACGUUGUCAAGAACUAGAUCUUCAUGGAGCAGGUAACAGGAGCUUCCCUUUCAUUGCACUUGUUACAGUUCAUGCCAGUUGCAAAGGCCUGAUAAUAGAAUAUUAUCAGGUAAUAUAAUCAUAGAUGAUAGGAACCUGGGGCAAAUCAAGAUUUGAUGUACAGCUUCCCCCUUUGCAUUCACUGCUGCUGCUAUUAACAAUAACAUCAACUAAAACUUAGGAGAAUAAGUAAGAACAGAAAACAAAUAUUGUCAGAGAAUGUAUUCCAUUUCUUCUCCACACACGUACAUACACGCACACACAUUCACUAACUCCUGUGAGCAAAUUAGUGAUUAUUGAAAAAUAGAUACCAUUUGUUCUUGGGGUAGGAGCCACCCAAACCGAUCAGCUAAAAUGGGCCAUAAAAAAACUGAGAACAAAUGCGUAUUCCACUUUCUUACCAAUCGUGGUUUGGUUACAUAAUUUCAUUCACUGAACUGUGCAUGCUUACAAAAACCUUAAACUGUAUUUAAAAGUAGCAAGUCUGUACACUGAAUACACAUAACACAGAUUGGAUUUUUAUGAAUUUAAAGUGGGUAUAUGUAAUGUGGUGAAAAACAUGUAAAAACAAGUACCUUAGCUUAGUACAUACUUCUACUUGAUAUUUUAAAAUUCCCAUUAAAAAAUAUAUGGCUAAUAUGUUCAGCAUGUGAAAAUUUGUUGAUGAAAUGUGCUUUUAAUAUACACUAGGUAUAAACUUACAAAAUACUUCCAUAUGAGGAUGAUCAUAACCGUGUAUUAUUAAAAACUAUGAAAUAUUAACUCUUCCUAAGAUUUAAUGGUUUGUAGUUCUUCUGAUCAUUUGAUUUCCUUAAUUAUUGGCCCUCGAUUUCUUCUUCUUUACAACAGAUAUAUUAACAUUUACGGAACUGCUAUUUCCUUUAACCUAUUGUGAAGAAAACUUUUUUCAGGGGUACAGCAUGGGGGGGUUUGUAAUUAUUAUUUACUAUCUCAGACAUUUUGCAUAUCAAAGAUGUUUGUUUGGCACCAAUUUCGAUUGAAAUCAAAUCCAUCUGAGAAGCUUGGGUCCCAUUUGCAUUUUGGAAGCCUGCACCAAGGAGGAGUGUGGUGCUAGUGUGGGAACAGAGAGAACCCUCAUGGUCUGCGAGCUCUGGUCCAGGUGCAGCUGUUGUGAACACUGGAGGCAGGACUGGAGGCAAAUUAAGAGUGACCUCCUAGAAGAUGCUGGGGGACAGAGGGACUGUUGCUUUCCAUCCAGCUGUUCCUGGGUUGGAGACAUUGCCCGAGUUGUCUCUACACAUCUCAUAAUUUCCAUGAAACGUUCUUUCAAUGGGAGGGAUUUCUGGAGGAAAAGCAAAGUUUUGAGGUAUCUGCAGAAUCAUGAGGGCAUUUUACUGUUUAGUAACAGGACUUUCAUGUGAUAUAACAAAAAAACAAAAAAACGCAAAGCUUCAGGGAUUUAACUGGUUUCUCAAGCCAUUUCAAUUAUACCAUAAAUGAUUUUGUGAUACUUCCCUUUGUCUUUUUCUGUUUCAUUUUUAUAUUGCUUCAUUUAUUUCUUUGCUUUUGGCUUGAUUAUUAGAAAAAUAAUUAUGGGUUCUGUUAUGCAUCUUGACUGUGAUAUUAAGUCAUGGUGUGCCAUUAUGUUUUCCAGACGAUGCUAGAUGUACUUGAUUAGUUCAUGUCAUCUGUAAACACAAUUUCCUUUUGUAGAACUUUGGAAUGAGGCCUUUUUCUGGUGUAUUAUAUGUCAUUUAAAUUUCACAUACAAGCUGCUUUCAGUAAAAGUUUGAAUAUUUAUAAAUUUCA